UUUAUGUAAGCUGGUAACCUAUGGCUGGUAACCGUGGUGCUAACAUAACAUAGCCGUCAGUAAUUUUGUAUUUAACGACCAUCUGAUGAGAUGGUCCGACUUUGUAAUAAAUUAUUGCCCACUUUCGCAUGCAUACUUUCUAAGCAAAAGUAUGCGUUUAGUGGGCUGUCAUCGAGGGCAUCGCGCCCCUUCUCCUGCUUCGGUAAGCAGUUCCAGCUUCACAAUGAACAACCGGCGAGUUCUGUAUUGCCAGGGAAAGUGGACCGGUUUGGAGGUGUGACUGUCCGUGAUUUCCCACCGGACAUCAGUGAAGAUGCCUUCAGUAGUCUUCUGAACGAUUCUUUGGCUUCAUGGAGGGGAGAGGGCAAGAUUGCUGUGUGGCUUCACAUACCCAUCUCUCUCAGCCGACUGGCAUCUGCAGCAGCGGCACACGGGUUCACUUUCCACCAUGCCCGCAAAGACCAGGCUGUGCUCUGCCUGUGGAUGGGGGAGGGAGAGAGUCGUCUGCCUGGGUUUGCCACUCACCAAGUCGGGGUAGCAGGUGCCGUUGUUGAUGAGUCCACAGGGAAGGUCUUAGUCGUCCAAGACAAGAACAAGACAAAAAAUGCCUGGAAGUUUCCAGGGGGUCUUUCCGAUCCAGGGGAAAACAUUGGUGUGACAGCUGUCCGCGAGGUUUUCGAGGAGACUGGGGUGCGAGCCGAAUUCCGCUCCCUCCUGAGCAUCCGGCAACAGCACAACCUCCCGGGCGCCUUCGGCAUGUCCGACAUGUACAUCAUCUGCCGCCUGAGCCCCCUGACCUACGACAUCAACUUCUGCACCCAGGAGUGCCUGCGCUGCGAGUGGCUGGACCUGGCCGAGCUGGCCAAGACCUCCGCCACCACCCCCAUCACCAGCCGCAUCGCCCAGCUCCUCCUGCACGGGCUCCAGCACGGCUUCCAGCACGUCGACCUCGCCAUGACGGAGCUGCCUGCCGUGUAUUCCGGAAUGUUCUACCAGCUGUACCACAGGCGGCUACCAGAGCUCCCCAAGCAAGCCUGACGGGCUGUAGGAGACCCACAGGGCACAACCAGGCCACACCGCACACCACAGCUGCUCCGGAAGGGCUGACCGGUGGCCGGAUUUUCACACCAGGCCGCGGUGCAGGCACAGACGCUUAUGAACUGUUACUCUAAUAAGGGACGGGGUGUUACCGGGGUGAUAAUCACUGGACAGGAUAUUACUCUCACACUGAACCACAUCGCCCUCUCGCUUGUGGAAAUUCUGCACAUGAAUCAAAGGUUAAUACGAGGAAGGUACUUGAUGAGCUGGAUCAUCCCAGCAAUACUGGGGUUUUUAUUUAUGACGUUAUUGAAAUGCCAAAAGGUGUCUAUGCUGAGUAGCAAACAGCAGUUGGCUAUGCUGAAGUUAGGUCUGUACUGUAUAGUAGGUCUGUAUUUAACCAGUGUUGAAUAAAGUUGGACCCC